GUCCUGUCGUUCUUCUUCUUUUAAUCUUCGACUUCUCAACUUAUGAUUUACAAUUUACAGCUUACAGCUUACAUCGUACAACUUGCAAGUCUGGCUCUUCGAAAACUUAUCUUCAACAACCUAUAUCAUCAACAAUACAAGUUUCUACCAGCACCUUGCUUGCUGGCGCUGACUUAUCGCAAAUUCUGGCAAAAAGAGGGAAUUUGAGGCUUGGUGUUUAUAGACAUCCUUCUGCCUUUGGGUUCAACUUUUGAUCUGAAGGAAGAAUCCCAUCGCGAUUCCGAGGAACUAACAUCGCUAUUCUGAUUUAACCUCUUCAUAUCUUCGACAGUUCAUUUCCCAAUAACAUUAAACUCGUUACUGAUAUUAUGAUUGGUAAUGUUGCUUCAAGUGGUCGAAACAGGAUACUGGAUAUGCAGGUCAUCGACAUUACCGACGUAGGUAUCCGCAAUAAAGUUACAGAAAUGCUUCCAUCCUAUCCAUCCUAUCCUCUACUUUAUCUUGUCUAUGUACUAGUUAAGAGCGAUGGAGUUUCAGGCGUAGCCAGAAAUUUCCUUCGCGAUACAUGCCAAAAUAAGGGCCAAUAUCUAUCGAUCACUUAUGCCACAAGUUUAAAGGAAAUUGGGGAUGUUACAAUGCGCGACAAAGUUGAAGAAAUUAUCAAUAUUGCGCCGGAGGUGACUGUCUGGUGGGCUUUUUAUGCCUUGCAAGUGUGUGAUGGAUCUUUUGAUUGUGCUAUUGGUUUGUUAUUCGAGGGUGUUGUUGAUGCUUCUAAGGAUCCUGCGACACAGGUAGCUCCUGUAUCUACCCAGCAUGUCAGUCCAGCAAUCAGUCCUAUGAACAGACCAGAUGAAAGCUCAUUUGUCGAUUUGUCGUCAGAUUCAGAAAGGUCUGUUCCCAGUGACACUAGUGGCAAUAAGUCAUUCAAACCCAAUCUAUCCUCGCCUGAGCUGUUGCACCAGACGCCAGGCAACUUAUUCAUCGACACUAGCGAUGAUGACAAAGAUUUUGAUUCGGAAGGAGAUGAUGUGGCUUUACGUGCCAGCCCUGGCUACAGCAGCCUGCGAACACCAUCUAGUGAUAAAGGUAAAGGCGUCGAUAGAUCUGACCCGGAAGAUUGUGACUCUGAUAUUGACUUGUUAAGUCUUCCGCCCUUCGAGGAGAUUCCUCAGGCAAGCAGACAAGAGAAACAGAGCCGCAAUCGCAGGUUCUGUGGAUCGAAACAAAAAAACUGGUUGGCGCAGAUUAGUCACGAGAAAUCAUGUCGCAAGAAUACGAAGCAAAUAUGUGUCAAAUGCAAAAGGGAAUGCUCGAACUCUAAUAUCAGGAGGCACGAAGCCAGUUGUGAUGGUCGUCAAACCUCAAGACGUGAUGGCCCAGAAUACGAAGUCCGUAAUUUAACAAGAACGUCCGGUUCUCGUGACAGUUCUCCGGAUUUCGAUUCAUCUGACUCUCUUACAGAAGAUCAGCUUCAAAAAGUGAAGGAAAUGCAAAAGUACCUUCCUCUCCUUUCGGUUGGUAGAUGUACUGAGUCCUUAGGGUUGAGCAAUUAUGAUGUCGAUGAGGCUAUAAAGUUGGAGAUGGAGACUUUAACUUCGGAUGACGAAGUUGACCGUCGGAGUUCGUAUAGGCGGAAGGAUGGUUCUCUAAAGAGAGAAUUGGGAAGCACGUCGGUUGAGCGCGUCACUAAAAAGCCUCGUAUCCAGGCCGGUGACGGAAAUACGAAUUUAGAGCCCGCGAGCCAAUGGAUUAAAAUCACCUUUUCUGUUCUUUGUCAGCAGAACUCGGCUAACCUUACAAUUGUUCAUCUCUCUGGCUCAGAAAGUCGUUCAGUUCCGACGCAGCUUAUUUGCGACAACUCGACAUACUUGAAGAAUAUGAUUGAUCUAACAGGAGACGGAGAUGUUCCAAAGAAAAUAGAUCUCUUACAUGUCGAACCAGGUCUCUUUGAUGCGCUCAUACAAUAUAUGGUCUGUCGCGACGUCUCGUUCAAUUCUCGACUAAGCCAAACACAAAAGAUUACUUCAAUCGUGAAUUUCAUAGUUCUCGCAAAGGAACUCGAAGUUUCUGGACCGGCGACAGCCAUGCUUCCAACUCUUGAGAGCAUGCUGAAACAAGAACGAAACGGUCCGUCGCCUCUGAAUAUUCUGAAAGGUGACCAUAUACAAAAGAUCUUUUCCACUCUUGAAGUUGGGCAUCCUAUUCAAAAACUAUUCGUCAGAGCGUCGGUACGGCCAUUUCUCGAAUACAGAAUUGACAACACUUCCAUCGAAGAGGACUUUGAUAGCGGCUCUGAACUUAUGCCAGGCAACAUCGAAAUCUCUCGCAACAAGCCAGCGCAUCUUGCAUUCAAGCUGAACAAUGACUUUAGAUCGGCUCUGCUGUUAAAGGUCUUUGAAACUACGAGCACUAGGGAAAGUCGACAAACAUUUACGCGCAGCAAAAAUCCCAAGAAUUCUACCACUUGGUUCACCGAUCCGCUCGAUGAUAGCCAAUUCACUAUUUGAGUCGACUGGUCUUUGCCUUAAUGAGAUCAAUUCAUAUGCUUUACGAUUUUCUCAUUUCGUCCCAUAGCUCAGAUGCUCGUGUCAGCUCUGAAAUUGUUGCAAGGAGAGCUUGGUACGUGGUGAGGACGGGGCGUAAGGAUUGCAUACGAAGGUCGGGGCAGAGUCCUCACUGUUUAUCCUAGAGGCGAUAUUAUGAGCUUGUUAUUGUGCUAGGAUGUGUGGACUUGUUGAAUUGAAUGUGCCUUCAGCUUUCGGGCCUGGGUAUGCUCAAUCAUGAUCUAGUCUCGCUCAGCAACAUUUUCGUUUUCCAAUAGAAACCUCCCUUUAUGUUCGCCUGUACUUAUUGCUAUUCGAAAAGCAUUACGGGGAAGACGUAAAACAGGAUAUGAGAUGAAAGUCCCAAGAGUGCUUCACCCAAUGGGCUCCUAAAAAUGAACGGUGAGUGGAUGAGGGGAAGUUAUUAUUAUAGUGGAAAAUUCAAAAGCGAGGCGGAGCGGAAAGAUUAUAGAAUAGCUAUAGACGAUACUAGGAAAUGAGCAAAAUGAAGAUAACA